AAAGGACUAUCUGAUUGGUCACUUUGAAUAUUCAAAAAUUCCUUUUUCAGCGACUCGACCUUCUCAAAUUGAGCCUAAUUUUUUUUUGAUUGGGGAAAGGCUUAAAUGCCUGGACGAAUUGGAAAAGCCGGUAAUUAUCCCUCACGUUGCCGAGAAAGCCAAUCAAAAAUAUUACUUUGAAGAACUUCUUCGGUCAUUGGAUUAUAUAUUGGUGGACAAUGCCAGUGCAGAGUUUCUUUUUGUACUAGAAUUUUUCAACUCCAAAAAUAGCAGCGCUCUGAAUAUUUUUAAUUCCAUCUUCAGUAAAACCAUUGAUUUUUUGGCGGAAAAGUUAGACUCUUAUUUUAAAGACUCUUUUGAUGUUUUUGGCGCAUUACUGUGCAUUAGAGUACUUCAAAAGUUUUUAAGAGUUUUGCAAAUAAGAAAAAUCCCCGCUUUGGAAAAACAACAACUUCGCCUCGAAUUUCUUAUUUGGCCGCGAGCCAAAGAACUGCUCAACAUGAAUGUUGACAGCAUUAAAACUUUUGACACUCACAAAAUGAAGCCGAACUCUACAGAACCCCAAAUUAUCACUGAAAGAUUUGCAAAUUUUAUCGCAUCGCUAGCGGCAAUCAAUGAAGGUUGGAACGACCAGCAGAUUGACCAGUUGUUGAUGAGAAUGAGUUCUGAAUUUGAGCAAUGCUUGAAGAGAAUGUAUAGAGUAGUACGCAAAAAAAAAGAGAAGUUCACUUUUAUAAUAAACAACUGUAAUACAAUUAUAACAGCAUUCGAGAAACAGAACUGGAUGCAGAACCCAUCACGUGAGCUGGAGCGCUUUAGUUUAAUUUUGAACAGAACAAUUCAAAAGUACGUCGAUGAAGUUCUCCGCCCUUUUUUUGGGCCAAUGAUUACCUUCGUCAUUGAAACGGAACCUCUUUUAUCCCGAAAAGAGGAGAUUGAAUUGGAUAAAGAAAUGAUCGAACAUAUAAUUGAGGGAUUUUCUUCGGUGUGGAAAGAUGCGUUGGAAUUUAUUAAAGAUGACGUCAUUAAAUCCUUUACGCGUCCAAAAACUGGCACAGAAAUCUUGCACAGCGCUUUAACGGCACUACUCUAUUAUUACCAGAGAUUCCUCGAUAUUAUGAAUAAGAAGCCGUUUAAUGAGAUUUCUUUGAAAAACGAACUUAUCAAUCGACAUCACGUUAUGAUGGAAGUCAAGAAGCACAGAAUCGAAAAACAUGGCGAAAGCGAAAACGUUGCUUGAAUCUAGGU